AUGGACUUGGGGGUAAAACAGCACUCGUAUACCCUCAAACACUAUUUGUUAGACAAGAAAGAGAUCAUUACAGACAAAUGUAUCCUUCGACAGUUAACACACUUUGCACAUAUGCAGAGACUUGGGAGUCCCUUGUGGCUUAGUUGGGAGCUCGCAGCAGGUCUUAACCUUACACUGAGGCACAUGCAGAGUCCUCUUAACAUUUGGUAUCCAUUGAUGGGAGAGAGCUUUUUUCCACUUGUAGCAUCCUCCCAUUUUUCAGAAAUAAUUUUACGUAAAUGUCCAGUUACUCAGAUUGUGAACGUAUCAGAAAGAUCGACAUUAUCGAAUUCCACUACGAAGUGUGACUUGGUACUUUCAUCUUCAGCAUGUUCUGAUGGGAAACUACACUGGUGUUCUGUACCAGAGACAUUAAAGCAUCUCUUUAUUGUACCGAAAAAGUCUAUAUAUAAGCCUUUUUACAAUUCACAAUAUGGUGGUCACCUUCGCCCUCUUGGCUUGUGGGUUUCCACGGUUGUACUCAAGUGGAUUAAAGUUGCACCAGAGAUGCCAGUAAUGAUUCACACACCUAGUAGCUUCAUGUGCGUUGUAAACGCAGAUCAACUUUAUCCGAGCACUAUCUUGGCUGAGAAGGAACUCGAAUGUUUGUUACUACAAUUGGAUAAGAAAUCCACUUUUGUCUAA